AUGGUGACGGAAAAGACAAACGUCGCUCCAAGUUCGACCACGACGCUUCCUUCUUCAAGAAGUGCUCCGACUCUUGACACGAGAAGUCCGGCUGUUGUUAAUUCGCCGCCGCGAGUUCCGCCCGAACUUUCCUCCAGCCGACCUCGUGUCAAUAGCCAACGUUCCAGCACUCUCCAGGUUUUACUCAGUUUUUUCAUGAGCAAAUUAUUUGUUUUUGAAGCUGUACCUUAAUAUUCGUCAAUAAGAAAGCGAGUAUAGCUGAUUUACGGCUAGCUUAGGACGUUAAGGGGGCGUGUCCUGUCUGCGCUCUCCACGGGCUAGGCGCUAUCUCGUGCAUUAUCGUGUCAGGACCUUUUUUUGAUGGCUCAAGUCAGCCGUGAUUCAGCUAUAUUUUAUGAAGAUAGAAACGGGGAUAAUGAAGGCUUUUAGGCUUCUAUCGUUCGUAUUUUCUUUUUGAUGAAAUUUUUUACGUAAAUAUGUUGAUUAUAAUUUUUGGGAAGCUAAAAUUAAAGAAUUAAAAAGUUUUAGUUCAAAUGUUCAAGUUUUAAUUUCAAUCACAUUUUUUUUUAAAGAGGAUUUCAUCAAAAUUUGACUUGUUUCAAAAAAAAUUUUCCGUUACUUUGAUUUGUGUCACUUCUAGGGCAGUUAUUUUUCUUUUCAGCAUGGACCCUGGUCAUAUUCUGACGAUUCGCGAGAUAGUUCGGAGGAGGAGGAAAGGGUACACAUAUUUCGGGAUUGCUAAUUGUUGAACUGUUUUUUUCAGGAAGUCAAUUGCGCCUGCGUCAAUGUUCGGGUCCGUUUUUAUAAAAUUGUGUAUUUUAGAUUUAUUUGUUGAAUUGCUGGUGACAGAGUUUUUUUUAAAAUUUUUUAAAACACUUUUAUUCGCGAAUAGCUUUUCAGGGCAUUUCCUUCAUUUUUUCACUACAUAUGUUCUUUUCGAGACUGUCAAGGAGAAAACGGCAUGCCAGCGCGCGUGCAUCAGUUUAGAGAGCACGGUAAACUUGGAGAGACCAGACUUGUACUCUCUUCGAUUUACACACUGUCUGCCCGUAGGUAUGCCAAUUUGAAAACCAGCAGGCCAACGGGCAGCUCCUCAGAUAUAGUCUGUUCAGAUUUUGAAUGUCAAGUAGAAUGACGUCAUUCGAAAACUCUCUGUGGAUGGUUAUUGGUUUACCGCGCCAUUAGGGGGCGGAGCUUGAGCGAGGACUUGACAUUUAAAAAUUGAACAGACUAUAGUGUGUAAAGCGAGGAGAGUACGAGUCUGGUCUCUCCAAGUUUACCGUACUCUUUAAACUGAUGCUGGCCAGCCGUUCUCCCCGUGAGCUUAAGUAGCAAUAUAUUCAGAAUCCGAUCAGAUGCCUGGCGGCGAUCAUCAUAAUGGUCGUGAUUUCGCGCGACAUUCUGCCUUACGCGCUCAUCUUCAGCUCCUCGGAAGCUCGCGUCACCCACGUCGAAAUCGGCGUCGUGUCUGCGUCGAUUGGUGGUCUUAUGGUAAUUAAAAUAAUAUUUGAGAUAUUUUCCGAAAUCGAGUUUUGUAUGUAAAAGCACAGCGGGAAAAUUUUUUUGCCAUUUUCGCUCUAAAAAAGAUCUCGAAGCGAAGUUGGAUCAAGUCUGUAUACUAUCUUAUUGCGGAAAAACGGCAUAUUCACGUGCGGAAUGGGCUAUAACUGUGUAUAUUAGUAAUCGCAUUCAAGAAUUUACUCAACUUUUUGAAAGUUUGAAAAUGUUCGUAUAUAGUCAGUUUAGAUUUCGAAUGUCAAGUCGUCGCUCAAGCUCCGCCCCUCAUGUGUAUAUUAAACCAAUCAGAGAGCGAGCCAUCCACAGAGCGUUGUUGGGGGCGGAGUUGGCAGCUUGACAUUCAAAAUCUGAACAGACUAUAUUUUCUUGUCGUUUUUUCGUCAAUUCAGCGGAUGCUUUCAAAAUCAAUGAAGGUGUAUUACGCUUAAAAAUCGAGAUUUCUUCAUUAUUUACACCUCUACAAAGCUUGUAAUAGGCUUUCUUAAAAUUUGUAAUUUAAUAUUUGGAAGUAUAACUUUUCCGGUUCUCUACCUUCAUGCCACAGAUCUGCCUGUAAGCUAAAAAACCCUUUUAAUUGAUUUUUUUUUUACUUUUAUACCGUUGGAUCUUGUUUUGCUUGAAGUUUUCAAAUUUUGCACCUUUAAAAAAAUUCUUGAACAGAUUAUGAACUUAAAUUGCCUGGAAUUGGAAAUUUGCAACAUACUUUAGAUUAUGAUUCAAAUUAUUAUAUUCUGGCUGUCGACUGGGUACAAGCCUCUGUAUGUUGUCUUAUGGAUUGUGAGUUUCAAAAAGCUUUUUUCAAAAAAUUUCCAUCACUUCCAGCUGGCCGAUAUCUUAUUGCUGGCCCUCCGUGUUGGUCAAGUCGUUCUAUUUCUCGUUUGUGAGUCUUAUGAAAGGAAAAUGGGUGGAUUUUUUCGAGUUUUCCAGUCCCCGAAAAGCCUCUCUACACGGACAACAAGUACCUCGAAAAGCUCGUAAUGCAGACUUCGCUGUACCUUUGUUGCGCUCAUCUCGGAUGUAAUUUUUGCCUUUUUUUUUAUUGAUGGAAAGAAGGGGAAGAAUCAGAAAUAAGUUAAAACUUGUAGUAAUUUGAAGAAAUUAGAAAUAAAUAGGGCUGUCAUAGAAAUUCCAGAGUGGUCCCUAUAAGGAUUAGGGGGAAACUCUAUAGGGGUUCAAGGUCUUACCUCUUUAAAAAAAAAAACUAGGCCUUUAGAAGGUACCAAAAAAAAUAGGGGUGUUAUUGCUAAUUUUAUAGUCAUUUUGCCUAGAUUUUGCUAUUGGUUGAAAAUUUUGUCGCACUGAGAAUGACUUGGAAAUAAAUGAGGUCGAUUUGAAAUUGCACCCGACCACAAAACGGUUUCCGCAAGCUCGGUUCUAGAAAAUUUGUUGAAGUAUGAAGGUUUGAAAAUCUGUCAAGCUGCAAGAAUAAAUGAUUAUAAAAUAAUGAUUAAGAGGAAAAAUUCAAGAUAAAAAUUUCUUUUCCAUUAUCAGUCCUUCUGAUGAACCUUGCCUGCGCCCUGAACUGGUAUAUCCGAAAAUAA